CCCGGAGCCGCCGACUCUUCCCCGCCCGGCCGGGCGCUGCGUCCAGCGCGGAGCCGCCGCCGAGAUCUGAAACUUAGCUGCAGCUGAAGUGAGUAAUGACGCUAAAGAUGCAUAAAAGUACAGAGGAAGAACUAAAAAAUGAUACAUUAAGCAACUGUAAAGUGUUGUGGGUUCAAGAGCAUGUGUAAUAUCCUUCAAAGACUUGACAAGAGUCUGUCUUCAGACAUCAUGAAUUUGCUGGAAUCGAGACCUCAGAAUGCCUGCAAAUGUUGCUUUUUUUUAAAAAAGCAUUAAUCAUCUGGCUUGGUGGCAGAGAUGGCUAGUAAAAGGAAAUCCACAACUCCCUGCAUGAUACCAGUUAAAAAGCUGGUGCUGCAGGAAACUGAAUCAGAUGUCGUGGAAGAUGAUCGUGGAGGAAUACAACAGGACACGCGUCCUGAAGCCCCGGCUGCUAGUGACACUGUUGUUAACCACAACAAUAAUGGAACAUUGUCUAAUGGGCAUCGAAGUCUUGCAGAGGGCGAUACUUAUGUGUGUAAGUAUUGUGAAUUUGGCUCUCAAGAUGUUAAUCAUUUCUUUGAGCACAUGGAUUCUGAGCACUUAGACUUCAGCAAAGACCCCUUGUUGGUGUGCACAGAGUGCAGUUUUCUGGCAAAAAGCCAUGAAAGGCUCUUGCAACACAAUGCAGAGUGCCAUGCUGGAGAAACUGGCUUUGUCUGGAAUGUGGUUAAGCAGGACAAUCGUACUACUGUGGAGCAAAGCAUCUGUGAUGCCACCAGCAACCAAGACCUUCCAGGGGAAAUCCCUGGGGAAGGGGUGGAUAGUCAAGCUGAAAUCAUCAUUACCAAAACACCCAUUAUGAAGAUAAUGAAAGGUAAGGCUGAAGCCAAAAAGAUUCACACGCUGAAGGAGAACAUAACCAAUCAGUCUGCCAAUGAACCGGAGAUGAAAAAUGGUGACCAUCUGUUCGCAAAUGGGUCUGUGCCGGUUAGCCAGUCAGUUCCAAGCUCUGCAAAACCAUCUCCCAUAGUCAAUGGCUCCAUAAUAGGGAGUGUGCCUGUCUUGCAGACAGGUGUUGCACAUCUUGUACCAUUGCAACAGCAGCCACUAUUACACCAACAGCUACCCACGUCCAAAUCCCUUCCGAAGGUAAUGAUUCCUCUGAGCAGCAUUCCAACAUACAACGCUGCCAUGGACUCCAACAGCUUCCUGAAAAACUCUUUCCAUAAGUUCCCAUAUCCCACAAAGGCUGAGCUUUGCUACUUGACUGUCGUGACAAAGUAUCCAGAAGAACAGCUUAAGAUCUGGUUUACUGCCCAGAGGCUGAAACAAGGCAUCAGCUGGUCACCGGAGGAGAUAGAAGAUGCACGGAAAAAAAUGUUCAACACUGUUAUCCAGUCUGUACCGCAGCCUACCAUUACAGUUUUAAAUACGCCCCUAGUUGCAAACACCAGCAGCGUCCCACAUCUUAUUCAGGCAACUUUGCCUGGACAUGUGGUUGGACAACCAGAAGGAACAGGAGGGCUGCUUGUUACGCAGCCAAUAAUGACAAAUGAGUUAAAAGGCACCAAUUCCUCUCUCACUUUAACAGUGACUUCUAUUCCCAAGCUCCAGCCUGUGACACAGCACAACACAGUGUGUUCAAAUACCGCAUCUACUGUGAAAGUGGUCAACACUGCUCAGUCUCUGCUAACUGCAUGUCCUACCAUAUCCUCACAGGCUUUCUUGGAUCCCAACGUCUACAAAAAUAAGAAGUCCCAUGAACAGCUAUCUGCACUGAAGGGCAGUUUUGGUCGCAAUCCGUUCCCAGGCCAUGCUGAAGUUGAGCGGUUGACAAAAAUUACAGGCCUCUCCACAAGGGAAGUUCGAAAAUGGUUUAGUGAUAGGAGAUACCAUAACAGGAACGUGAAAGGUGGUAGAGGCAUGUUUGUGGGAGAUAACACAAUAGACUCUCUGACUGAAAUGACCUUCCCCGUAUCAACAAAAGGCACGGAGUUAACCUCUAUGACUGCAGCAACACCUGUGACUCAUCAUCACACCAGGCGGCAAUCUUGGCAUCAGACACCUGACUUCACCCCCACAAAAUACAAAGAGAGAGCACCAGAGCAGCUCAAAGCUUUGGAAGGCAGUUUUGCACAAAAUCCGUUCCCUUCAGAGGAAGAAGUGGACCGUUUGAGGAGUGAAACAAAGAUGACGAGGAGGGAAAUUGAUAGCUGGUUCUCCGAGAGGAGAAAAAAAAAGCUGGCUGAGGAGAACAAAAAGGUGGAUGAAAUGGUUCAGCAAGAGGAGGAAGAUGUUGAAAAUGACUGCGGAGAAGGGGAAGACUCUUCCGAUGAACUGAGGGCCUCCAGUGAAAACAGUUCAGUGGAUAUGCCUGGCAGCAGUCAAACUGCAGCAGAGCGGAAAGUCAGCCCUAUUAAAAUCAAUCUGAAAAAACUUAAAGUGACAGAGUCCAAUGGCAAAAAUGAAUUGCAGGGUUUAAGUGCAAAUAAGAAAGGGGACAGCCCUUCUAGCAGGCCGCCUACCCCCCAUAAAACCAAAUUAAACUUAAAAAAAACAGCCCAGCAGCGGCAUUUGCUUAAGCAAAUGUUUGUGCAGACGCAGAGGCCAACAAAUCAAGAGUACGAUGCCAUUGUUGCUCAGACAGGCCUGCCGCGGGCGGAGGUAAUCCGCUGGUUUGGAGAUAGCCGAUACGGCUACAAAAACGGUCAGUUGAAAUGGUAUGAGAACUACAGGCGCGGGAUCUUUCCUCCAGGACUAGCUGAAAUCAGCCCAGACAGCAAGGAGCUCCUUGAGGACUAUUACAAGAAGCAUAAGAUGCUGUGUGAAGACGACCUGCAGACCUUGUGUGAGAGAACUCAGUUGAAUUCACAGCGGGUCAGGGUGUGGUUUGCUGUAAAGGUGGAUGAGGAAACCAGGGCCGUGUCUGACACCGGCAGCGAAGACAGGUGUUCGAGCUCUGGAGACGCGGCAGGAAAUCCAAAAGGGACGUCUGACGCCUGUUCUGAGGUGUCUGAGAACAGCGAAUCCUGGGAGCCCGGGGGCCAGGAAGGCAGCUCGGACCCCUCAGACACGGUCAGCCAGCAGCCCACAGUCCCGCUUGGUAAGACCCCGACUGCUCGUUCAGCUGCGGAAGUGUUUUAAACAGAUUGAACUUAAACUGCCUGCUCUGAAGGAUCUGCUCUUACCUUUGAGAAGAUUUAAAAUCCAUGGGCCUGAUACCAAUCUCAGUAGCAGGACAUGGGCAAAGGCACUGCCAUAAAGGAGAUCUUUUAGUGCAGCACAACAGAGAGAGAAUGCCAGAAAACUGGGCUCUCAGGCUGCAGACAGCUCUGCACUAACCUAGAAUACUGCUUGGAGCUGGGCAGAGUAGGGUGUCCAUGAGAGCCUCUCCCGCCUGUGAAAUAGGAUGCUCUUGUUUGCUUUCCAGUGGACAAACUCUUUCAGAUUUCAUACUCGUAUACAAAUAACGGAACCAACUUUUUAAAUGCACACAGCCAUCUAUUAUACAGGCAUAAUGAAUUUUGGACUCUGAUUGCAUAAACAUGCUCACUGCAUAGAAAUGGACUAUCAUGGCGCAAUACAUCUGUACCUUCAUCUGUCUGCAAUGUAUUUGUUCUCUAAAGGUUGGCAUUGUUAUGUAUGUCUCCUGCUCUUGGGUCCCUAGUACAGUUUGUGUGCACACCUUACGGAGGGAGCAGUAUCUGAGAACCAAUAUGCAGUUUUGUGCUCCACAACAGGAAUCAGUGGGCUGGAAAUAGCUUUCCCUUCCUGGAGUGGAUUGAAAUAGGCUGUUUUAUGCCCCUUAGGAGCUAGUGAGUUCAAAACUUUGUAAGGCCCAGGAGAUGGAGUUUGUGGUAACUUGUCCCCUACUGGCUGCAGUAAUUUUUUUUUCCUAUGCUUGAAGAUGGAAUGUGGCACAGCCUGUGAGUCUCCAAGUCUCCCUUUAAUUACAGAGAGCUAGCACUUAAUUUUUCCAUCCUGACCUGGAAUUCCUUUUAUUGUUCACAGAGAACAAACUGUUCUUCAGAGAACAAAUACCUUAAAAAUUAAGUGUUUGAGUUCAUGUUUCAAGUCAUUAUGGUCUAGGAGGAAUCUAUUAGGCAACUAGGGUUACAUAUAGGAAACUUGCCUGUUACAGAACUAGUUGAAUUGGAUCCCAACAAUAACUUAGUCACAUUUGUCCAAGCCACUUUUCUCAGUCAUCCUGGCUGGCGUUCUGGGGAGGGGGCAUUUUUAAAAAUAAUCUAGACCUUUAUUUGUCAUCUAGCUUUUUAGAUUUCAUAGACAUUAGGGCUGGAAGGGACCUUGGAAGAUCGAGUCCAGCCCCCUGUCCCAGGGGCAGGAAGUCAGUUGGGGUCAUAAGAUCCCAGCAAGAUAAACAUCCAAAUUUCUCCUGAAGGCAUUCAAAGUAGGUGCUUGAACCACCUCUGAUGGCAGGCUAUUCCAGACUUUGGGGGUUCGGACAGUAAAGAAAUACUUCCUUAAGUCCUACCUGAAACGGUCUUGCAGGAGUUUAUAACCAUUAGACCUCGUCAUCCCUUAGGGUGCUCUGGUGAACAAACGUUCUCCCAGAUCCUGGUGAACACCCCUUAUAAACUUAUAGGUGGCCACCAGAUCACCCCUCAACCUGCGCUUUUCCAGGGUGAAGAGUCCCAUAGCUCUUAGCCUUUCAUCAUAAGGUCUGUUUUCCUGACCUCUGAUCAUGCACAUAGCUCUUCUCUGGACUCUGUCAUGCUUCUCCACAUCCUUUUUGAAUUGUGGAGUCCAAAACUGGACGCAGUACUCCAGUUGUGGCCUCACCAAGGCCAAGUACAACAGGAGAGUGACGUCCUGGGAUUUGCUUGAGAAGCAUCUAUGGAUGGAAGCCAGCGUUUUGCUCGCUUUACUAGCCGCAGCAUCACAUUGAAGGCUCAUGUUCAUCUUGUGGUCGAUCAUGACCCCCAAGUCCCUUUCAUCCAUAGUGCUAGCCAGUGUAGCACUGCCGAGCCUAUAAGGAUGCUGCAGGUUUUUGUUCUCAAGGUGGAGAAUCUUGCAUUUUUCAGUGUUAAACACCAUCAGGUCCUUGUCUGCCCGUUUCCUGAGCCUGUCAAGGUCAGCUUGGAUCGCCCUCCUGUCCUCAGGUGUGGAUGCUUUACCCCAAAGUUUGAUAUCAUUGGCGAACUUGGCCAGUCCACUUCUGACUCAGAUGUCCACAUCAUUAAUGAAGAUGUUGAACAAUAUAGGUCCAAGGACAGAGACUUGGGGAACCCCACUGGUCACAGCACACCAUGACAAUUGUCUUCUGUCAACAACCACCCUCUGGGUCCAACCACAGAGCCAAUUCCCAGCCAGCAGAUCGUGGUGGACCUGAGGCCACAGUUGGCCAGUUCUGCCAAGAGGUGAUCAUGGGAUACCAGAUUGAAGGCUUUUUUAAAGUCAAGAUAUGCAAUAUCAGUCUCCUCUCCCUUGUCCAGGUGAUAGGUCACCUGGUUGUAAAAGGAAAUAAGAUUGGUCAAGCAAGACCUACCCGCAACAAACCCAUGCUGGCUAUCCCUCAGGAUGUUGGCGUUGCCCAGUCCAUUAAGGAUGGCCUCUUUGAUAAUCUUUUCUAAGACCUUCCUGGGAUAGAGUUCAGGCUGAUGGGCCUGUAGCUUUUAGUUUUCUGGCAUGUUAGAUGUCUACUUGAUCUUAUAUCUUUUUUAAUAUGCCUCUGCCUGCAUUGUCUUGGGCUGAUACAGUUUUAAAACAGCUGCUUCAGUUUUUAAUAUUUUAUUGUAUUUUUUCCUAAUCAGUGUAUAGGAUGAUGGGCACACGUCGCACUCAGAGACCCGACCCAUGCCACCAGAGGUCUUCAUGUCCUAGGAUUCCUUUCUUAAACAGUCAAACUCCAUCUUAAAGGUAGUUAGUUUCUUUGCUGGCUCCCAGUAGAAAGCUGUUCUGAAUGUCACUGCUCUGACAGUAAGCAGUCUUUUUCUUUCCAACUGAAACUUAUUCAUGGCCAGUUUAAUCUCAACUUGUUCCUGAGCCAACAUUGUCCUUUUAUGUCUUGAAUAGUUCUCUCCUCCUUCAUGUUACCUCCAAUGUCAUGAUAUAAACAAACCUAUCUCCUUUUACUAAGUUAACCAAGCCAAACUUUUUUUUUUUUUUUUGGGGGGGGGGGGGGGGAGGCAUAUUUUGUGGAAGCUCUUACUGCAGAAGGAUUUUAUUUUUGGUAGUGGGAGGCAUUUAUUCAAUGAGUGACUUGCAGGCCUAUAAAGGACCUGAUCCAAUAUAAGUUUACAAAGUCAGCCUGGGAGAGGGGGGCAGUGUUAAAAACCUGUUCCAAAGAUACUGCCUAAUUUCUACCUUAAGUUCUCCUCCCUUCAAGUAUUCUUCCAUUCAUUUAAAAAGCCACCUUAUUCACUAUGGAAUUGGCAGGUCCUCCCAUCAGCCAUCACGUAAUGUUAGAUCAGUCUGUGUCAAUUAAGAAAGCUAUGCUGCUAGUUUUCCUUAUUUUGAAACAUUAUUGCAACUAUCUGGAUCCAUACUAAUCCUUUGUUAGAGGCAUACCAGCAACUAUAACCAGCCUCUAACUAGUGUCAUCUUAACAUAUACAUGGCACUCUGGCCCACUAUAUUCUGGUUCUGAAGAGCCAAGAUAUCUAUUAUACAAAAAUGGUGACACCCUUAAGUUGUCCUUGCAAUUUCCAUCUUGUACACCCUGAAACUUCAGUGAAAAGGACUUUAGAGUCUUCUAGAGGUAAAAAUGACUCUUGAUGCUAUUGCUGGAGUCCUGUGACCCAAGUGUAUGGAUACGAGUACAGUGUAACCUUCAGAGAACAAAUGCAGGUAAGUAGUUAUACUCUCUAGGGUCUAUGUACAUGCAGGUUUAUUUAAAUACGCAUAUAUACAGUUCAGCUAUGCCACUGAUUCCUCAUGGCAUAAGACGUGUAUUAAAAACAUACACUUUUACUAACUGCUAUGUAACUAUAUCGGAAAUGUAGUUUGCCCUUUCGAGGUGACUGUGUGUGUGUGUCUGUGUCUACUGAAAAGGGCUCAUGGCUAAUUGGAAGAGCUAUCCUCAGUCUACCCGCUAUUCUUUUUUUUUUUUCCAUGCAGUAGCUGUAAUGUUUUUCAAUUGGAUUUUGUUCAGCCACUUUCCCAGAAAACCAAAGUAAAAGACUAGUGGGAAUAUUCAUGGUGCAUACACACAUGCACACACACAAAUCAGCCUUGAGGGUUUAAUGGUGCCCAAUUUUAGUUUGUGUCCAUGUAUUCACAAAAUUUGGCAGGCAAUUUAGUCCCUUCAUUUUGGAGGAAUUUUAAAAUAUGAUGCCAUGUAGGCAGCUUUUCCUCUGUGCAGAAAUGCUGGUGAAUGGAGUCACAUGGCCCAGGCCACAGUGAAGGGGAGAGAGAACAGGUCUGAGCUAUAAUUUUUUACCCUAGAUUCCUGUCCUAUCUACACCAUUCUAGAUGGCCUGUUAUUUUCAGGAGGGUUUGAUCUAAGGAAGGGAGAGCUGCUGCAAUCCAUUCAUCACUUAACACGUCUUGUGAUAAAUUGAAGGGAAGCAGGUGCUAGUACCAAAACACACAGGCUUUGCUACAAGACAACAGAAAGGCGAGUGCAUUCAAAACUGAAAACAACUUCUUGUGAACCUGCCUUUAAUCUCUGUGAAGUGGUUUGACAGUCCCAGUAACAGCACUUUUGGUGUCACAGGAAGUGUCUCCACAGGUUCGCAGAGACAUUAACAUUUGUCAUCCUCGAAUCACAGAUGACUGUCUUUGACCUGAAUUAAGAACUGGGUGGGGAGGGAGGAGAGUUGUAGCCAGUACUUGGCAAGAGGGGAAUUUUAAAACUAUUUUCUGUGCAGGCUGCUAUACAUGAGCCUAUAGUCAUUCAAGCAGUAGAAACUGUUAUCUAACCUAUGUUUUCUGUUGUUGCUUUCCCUCUUGCUAACACUAGACUUUUUAUGUGAGGUGGUUUAAAGGCCGAAAAACUGGUUAGGAACCCAAAAUCCACACUUACAGAAGACUUUUUAGACUAGUGGUUCUCAACCCUUUUAGACUCAAAGGCCCCACUCAGAAAAUGCCAGCUCUUUAGAACAAUUCUUCUGCUGCAAAGAACUGAGAAGACCUACAACAGGUCAAAACAUUUUAAAACACUCUGGCUUCCUAUUUGAAAUCUCUGGGUUUAUUUUGUGAAUCACAUCUGUGCACCUAACUAGCAUUUCUUGGCACCCUGUGAUAUCUCUGAAAGGAUCUCAAGGCACCCUUGUUGAAGAAUCACAGUCUUAGACUCUUCUGACUAAGAAGAAAGUUGGUUUGCUGGUUAUUAAAAGCAGUGACCCACAAAACUUAGCCAGAAACCAAAUUGUUUAGAAAUGUGAAAUCCAGGUCAGUGCUACUGUACACACAUUCUCCUGAUUAAAAAUAGGGUUGCUUUGUUGGUUAGUAAACCAAUGAUCCACUAGACUUCUAAAGGAGGCUCUGUUUUUAAUUUUUUGGCUACCACCAUGGACAUUUUAAUAGAAUAUAUAUUUUUAUGCUUUAUUUAUUUAUUUACCUUGCUUCUCAGCUUAGUUCCUGGUUCCAGUCUCCAGUUUUGGGGGAGAAGAGUUGGGAGUAGUCAUUGAGACAGUAUUUUAGUUAAUGGUUAACACAGAGAAGGAAUUGACCUCUGCAGACUAUUCAUUAGCUGCCACAUGCCUAUCAAAGAGUUAAAACACAAGGUACAGUGUCCAGCCUAAUGAGAAGCUGGGUUUAAAAACAUCACACCCUGCUAUUUGAUUAUGAAAUGGAAAGAAGCUCCUGAAUUGGGUCCUGUCUCUUGAACCCAUUCACAUGAGACUGGAGAUAGUAGCCCAAGGCACAGCCUUCCUCUGGCCUCUUGUGGCUGCUUUUGCAGUUACAGGAAGAGCCUCAAGAUGAGCAGCUGCUCAGCACUGCCCCAUUGCCUGCUAGAAGAGGACUGAGGACAGUGUUUAUGGCACUGAGCAACAGUAAAGUGUAAUUAAACUUAAGUAGACAGCUGAUGCAUGGUGCUAUAGCACCAAAGCACCCUGCCUUGCAUCAGAAAUGACCCUGAAUGAAAUGAGGAUAACUGAACUGAUGCUUCAGAUGAGAGCUGUGCAUGUAUAGGCUAUUAAAGCACAAUCUGAAGGGCUUGACCUGCAUUUCUAACUAGACCAUGAACCAGGGUUGAAGACCCCUUGUGUUUUUUGGUGUAAUACUUGGGGUUGGCAUAUCAUGGAAGAAAACAAGCAGUGGAUAGCAGGAUAACUCAUGGCGUGUUGACACAAUGCCUAGGAAGGGAAAGCUCUACAUCCAGUGCCCAACUUCGAAGGUUCACAGCUUCCACCAACUCAAGUUAGAGUUGUGUGAACUCAGCACUUCCCCAGAUGUGGUCCCUAGAUUAUGUUGCGUCCCAAAUGCAGCAAAGGGAAUGGAUACAGCCUUGCACUUCCCUCUGCUUCCUCAGAUCUGCUUUUAAUGCAGGUUCACUUGUUUUAAAGCAUAUUUGUCAGUCCCUCCUCUGGUGGCCACACACGCCAUUCACCCAGAUGCAUUGCCCUUGAGAAAACACAAAGGUACAACCCAGUGCUAGCUGUAGUUCAGAUAGAAGUACAUGAAUCCUAAAAGGGACAGUGGCACAAAACAUCAGAUGGUCUUGUUUGCUAUUUGUGGUAGGCCUUUCCUGGUAAGUUUAGGAGGACAGGGAGACAGUAAGCUAGUUUCCAUUUUGCAUACAGAGCAGUGAUUUUCUUUCUGUGAUUGGAUUGUUUUCUCCCCCCAUUUUCUGUUCUCAAAUCAAAAUGGGAGCUGUCAGCU